CUUCUUUUUGUCGUCCGGCCCAGUCCAAAGUUAGGGCUCACCCGACGGCCGCCAGUCACCAGAGCGGCGGCGCAAUCGGAGCGCGAGCCCCGUGGGACGGCCGCUGCGGCGUCUGGGCGAGGCACAGCGUGCUCGAGGCAGCUUGAAAGACAAGAACUCAAGAAGUGUUCAAUCCUACAAUGUCAGCUCCCAACAGAGAUAGCAACAUGCAGCAGCUAGUCCCUAUAGCACCACCAGGAAAGGCUUCUGGUAGUGACAGUGGGAAGGAGCUGGUUGUGGUGGAUGCUGCGGGAAAGAGCUCAGGAGUAAAGCUGCGAGAGGAUGAGGAGGAUCUGGAAGUGAAGCUCAGGCGCAUCAUGGAGAAUGUCCCUGUUCGUGUCAGUAACACCUCUGGAUCCUCUGCUGGAUCUGGCUCUGGUGAUUUCCACCAGUAUCGGCAAAUGAGGAGGAGAGAGCAGGACCGGCUAUCACGAAUGGAUGCUGACUACCAAAAGAGGAAAGAGAUGGCUGAGUUCGAACUACGGAGGGAGGAAAGGCUGAAAGCAGCUGAGGAGCGUACGGCCAAGAAGCGCCUGAAACGCCAAAAGAGGAAGCAACGGAAGAAGAGAACUACAACAGGUAAUGGUGGUGAAGAAUCUAACAGAGCGGAGUCCUCAGAUGAUGAUGAGGGUUACGAUGACGAUGACAAGUCUAAGCAAGGACACAUCAGUUGCAUUUGAAGAUGUUUUUAGAACCCAGACCACCGUUCAUUGGACAUAGCAGUAAUAGAGCUUCUUGAUAAGGAACUCUUUGAGUUCCUCCCCGGUUGGCCGUGGGCAAUGAACUAAUGUCUGGGACGCCCGUUGUAAUAGGCUGAGUCGGGUCCUCUGCUGCCUUGAAACAUUUUAAGGUAUCUGUCAUAGGAGGUAACAUUUUGAGCAUAGAUAGAGAGCAUUAGUUUCCUGUUACAUUGUGUUCCUCGUUCUGACAGUUGCCUGUAUGUCUUUUUCGCUCCAUGAACAUCAAGAGAGACAAGUGUGGUAUACUAUUUGCUACAUGACAUUUGCUGGUC